GCGCCGUCCCGGCGGGCUUUGCGGCGCGGCCCCCGCUGCCGGCGGAUCGCGCCGCCAUGGCGGAGGCCGCAGCAGCCUCCCGGCCGCCGCCGGACGUGGACACCGACGACUGCCUCCGCGAGUACCGCCACCUCUUCAGCCCCGACAUCCUGGCGGGCCAGGUGGCAUUCAUCACCGGUGGCGGCUCGGGCAUCGGCUUCCGCAUCGCCGAGAUCUUCAUGAGGCACGGCUGCUGGACGGUCAUUGCAAGCCGGAACCUGCAGCGAGUGUCAGAGGCCUCAAAAAAGCUGGUGGCAGCCACAGGCCAGCAGUGCUUGCCUCUGUCCAUAGAUGUCAGGCAGCCCCAAACCAUUGUGGCAGCGGUGGAUGAGGCACUGAAAGAGUUCAAGCGGAUUGACAUCCUCGUCAAUGGUGCUGCGGGAAACUUUCUGUGCCCAGCCAGCGCCCUGUCCUUCAAUGCCUUCAAGACAGUGAUAGAUAUUGACACCAUUGGCACCUUCAACACCUCCAAAGUCCUCUUUGAGAAAUAUUUCCGGGACCAUGGUGGGGUCAUUGUUAACAUCACGGCAACCCUGAGCUACCGAGGGCAGGCUCUCCAGGUGCAUGCUGGUACUGCUAAGGCUGCCAUAGAUGCCAUGACCCGUCACCUUGCUGUGGAGUGGGGACCCAACAAAAUCCGAGUGAACAGCUUGGCGCCUGGCCCCAUUACAGGCACCGAGGGCUACCGGCGGCUGGGUGGGAGAUUUGCUGAGGAAGGAAGUCAGUUUGAUGUGAUCCCCCUCCAGCGCGCAGGGAACAAGACGGAGAUCGCCCACAGCACGCUGUACCUGGCGAGCCCCCUCUCCUCCUACGUGACAGGCACCACCCUGGUCGUGGAUGGCGGGAGCUGGCUGACCUCUGCCAACAACUUCUCUGCCUUGCUGGAUUUCUGGGCUGCAGGAGCAAACAAAAAUCAAUGAUGGACAGCCUGGGAUUGACCAAUGGACAGAAACGUGACCGAACACGCUGCUGCUCUGGGACAUCUCGGGGUGACGUCUCCCAGAGUUGGAGCCGAUAGCUGCCACCUCUGAUCAGCGACUGGUGGUGCUGGUGAUGCUGCCGAUCCUGCAUCCGCCUGGGGGAGGGAGCACCAGGGGUGCUGGGUAGGGAGCGAGCCCACCCCCGUCCUGUGCUGUUACUUUCUUCUGAGCUGACAUGUCUGAGGGUGCAGGGACAGUGCGGGGUGUGCGGGUUGUGAUGUUCACUGUCCAUUUGUGUCUCCCUCCAAGUUGCUCUCCUGGCCUUUCCCGAGUGCCGGGCAGUGCCGCCCAUGGAUAGCUGUCCUCUUCCUCCCCUCUCCCCCAUCUCAGCCUGAGAGCUGCCCAAGACCCCCAGCAGCAGCUCCUUUUUGGAAGGGGGGGGCAUAGUUCAGCCCAUCUGGGGUUGAGAUCAGCCUUCAUGCUGGGGCCAGCUCUGGCUUGGCAGCAGUAGCUGGCAGCUCUUGAAGAGGAAACAAGGACCAAGCUGCCCCCUGGCAGCGGGAAAUGGCCCCUUCCCCUCGGGGCGGGGGGACAUUCCUGGAUGGGGCAGUGGUCCCCGGAGGCUGACGCAGAUGCAGCUGGGAUGUCCAUCUCCCAGGAGCAGAAGUGGUGUGAGGUUCAGUCCCACCAGAGCUGGCUCUGUACUGCUGUGGACUGUAGCACCGUAUCUGUUGGGAGCCUGAGAUGUCCAGUUGUCUGUCUGGCACCCAUCUGUCUGUCACGCUAGUCUCACGCUGUCUCCUUUCUUUGUACAGACACUACAGCUGAGGGUAAAUGAAGCUGCAGGGGCUGCACCGGGUCUGGACUGGGCUGCUGGAGCCAAACACGUCCCCUGUGCCAUGCCUCACACCGCUCGCGUGCAACAGCCUCCUGCUGCUGAUGGCAAUUUUUAAGUUUAUCCUGAAUUCUGUGAAGCUUGUUUUCCUACUUGAUUGCAUUUCCUACUUAAUUGUAGACUUGCCAGGUUUUGCUCCUUCCUCCAGGCCAUGAAUAAAGAACUUCCACCCUGA